AUGACGGAGUGGACUUUGCUCAAACGCCUCCUGGACGCCGUUCACCAUCACUCCACCAUGAUCGGGCGACUCUGGCUCACCGUCAUGGUCAUAUUCCGGCUUUUAAUCGUCGCCGUCGCAACCGAAGACGUUUACACGGACGAGCAGGAGAUGUUCGUUUGCAAUACGCUCCAGCCGGGAUGCUCCACGGUCUGCUAUGACACUUUCGCGCCAAUUUCCCAACCGCGAUUUUGGGUUUUUCACAUCAUCAGCGUCUCAACACCGUCGCUUUGCUUUAUAAUUUACACUUGGCAUAAUUUGUCAAAGCAAAACGGUGGCCAAAAGCAGGGGAACAUCCACGAGGAGUCCACCAGGCAAGCAGGGCAAGAUUCGGGAAAAGACGGCGGAAGAGAGGCCUACGAUCGGAGCUGCGAUUCGGACAGCUGCUCCAUCAGAUCGCACAAACAUUUGGGGCACAGCUUGGCGGACGCUUUGGAAGGUAUCACGAUCCAGCAACUACAAAAGCUUGAAUCUUUGAACAAGGCACAAACUUUCACCGUGAAAGAGGCCAACACUGAAGUCCAAGCCGUUUCCGGGGGAGUUUUGUCAAAAUGUUACAUCUUCCAUGUUAUUUUGAGAGCAAUUUUAGAAGUCGGUUUCGUCUUGGCGCAGUGGAAACUCUUCGGAUUCAAAGUCCCCGUGCAUUUCUUGUGUACGUCUUCGCCUUGCAGCCAACCCGUGGACUGUUACGUGUCCAGACCGACUGAAAAAACUGUAUUUUUGCUGUUUAUGUUUUGCGUCGGCGUGUUCUGCAUCCUCUUGAACUUACUCGAGUUAAAUCACCUCGGCUGGAAGAAGAUCCGUCAGGUUGUGAAGCUGAGAGAGAAGGCGUCCUGGAGCGCGUACUCUGGUUUACGGAAAGGCUACGAAAGUUUUCCCGCGGACAGUCCGUCUCCUGCCUCGUCGCUGGGAUACAGAGACGUGACCAGCACGACGUCCCUGCCCACUUUGAAUCUCGUCGUGAGCCACCAGCCGACGUGGACCUGUGCGGCAAACUGCGGUAAAGUAAAUAAAGUGCAGGAAGGAAGAAAUGUGAGGUUAGAGCAGCUGAAAAGACAGGACUCAAAUAAAGGAGAGAGACAGUCUUUGAGGGGUAAAAAGGAAGGUAGAGCGUCCAAGCAGAGGAGCACGGAGGUCUGGAUCUGA